UAUGCUGGUGACUUUCCUCUCGCGCGGCACGAAAUCGUGUCAUCUUAGUGUAUGUAUUUAAUUACAAAUCGAUUGAAAACAAAUUCAUGGUGUGUGGAUACUUGUCAAAAUAAAUGUGAUUUUUCGUCAGCGUACAAAAUGCAAAUAGUGCAUUUUUUUUUGUGUUUCAUGUGCUACUCUGUAUUCACUUUUCAAGUUACUUCUGCUGAGUAUAAUGUUACAUUGUCCCAUGAUGGACCUGUGGUAUUAGGCGGAACUAUUACAUUUAAACUUGACAUUUAUGAAGAAAACGGUGAAAGACCAUCAGGUCCUUUUAAAUAUAAAUGGUCAGAUAAUGCGUUACCUGCCCACGAGUAUGAGGUAGAAAGCAAACUAGAUACGAUAUAUUGGAGUAUAAGUUAUCCACGUGAAAAGUAUAGCGUUGGAAUAUAUGAAGUUGAAGUAUUUGUUAGCAAGGCGUAUUUUCUGUGGUGGAACGUAGUUACCAGUGUUCGCACUAAAUUUUAUGUUACUCAAUUUCUAAAUGGUAAUAUUGAAAUUAUACAACCUAAUAAGACAUCAGAUAGUACAUACAUUUCUUCUGUAUCCGAAGCAAAUGUGACGAUACGUGUUCGCGAGGGAGAUAUGGAUGCUUUGAUGAAAGCUACAGCAAUAUCUACUUAUUGGUUCAUAGACUGUCAAUUUUAUGGCCAAACGAAUGAUUUGAAUCUCCUUUACAAUUUCACAACUCCUGACGUAUCGAAGGUUGUGGAAGCUUUAAUAAUUGCAUCAUACAUUCCUCCGACAACAGUUCCACCUCCUACAACUACUGUUCCAUCGGUCACAACUACAAUAAAUGCUACAAUAUCAAAUAUAACUAUAGAAGAGAUGGGAACUACUACAGCGCCUAAUACUAAUGUGUCUAUAAAACCAGUUUUAACGAGUACAUCUACACCUGUAACUCUUAAUACUACAUCAAAUACUAGUAUCUUCAACACGAAUAGUCCUUUACCUUAUAUCUGUUCCAAUUCCUCGAUAAUCCCUGCAGAUCCAAAUAAAACUUAUGGACACUUCACCAAAAAAAUUAAUGUUCGUGCACCUAUAAUGAAUAUAACUGUAGAGGGUACAAAUUGGAUUCAACCGUGGGAUAUGUUAUCUCUCAAUGUAACGUGUAAAGGUUCGGGACCUUUUUAUAAGUGCCUUCAAUUUCAUCAAGAAAAGUACAAUGUUACUGGAAACGAAACAUGUGCCACUGGAGUUUACCUGAAUUCGUGUAAUUUUUCCAUUAUUCACUUUUUCUUGGAACCCAGUGUAUACACAAUAUUAAUUAUAAUGAAUAAUGAUGUCAGCAAGCACAUCUAUCCUCUGACAAUAAAUAUUUAUAAAGUGCUAAGAAAACCUCAAUUGUCUGUAAUCGCUGUACCUGUUUCUUGUUCUCUUGCUGCUGUAGUGCUGAUCGUUUUUGGUAUUGCGUAUUAUGUACAAAGCAGAGCAAGGUUUACAGUAGAAGUUGCAGACUUCGACUUUGGACAGAAUAAUCCAGAGAUGGAGUAUAAAACAUUUACAGAACGGUUGCGAGGUUCAUUCAAUAACGCUAUAAGACCUGGAAGCAAUCGGAUAAGUGUACGCCUGCCCUAUUAUGGCAGCAUGAAUCACUAACAAAGGUUACAAGCAUCUUAGUAAUCCUGAAGCUCUUCAGUGAUUUUCAGAGUGAAAAAGGGAAUGAAGUUGUUCAAUUAAUAUUUUACAAGCUAUAGGACAUGCAAAAAAAAAAUUGAAUCAAGAAUUAAAUAAACAAAAAUUAUAAGGUGGUUCGCUGAAUUAUAUUCUACAGUAUUUUUAGGUACCAAAUAGUUUAAUUAGAGAAUUAAUAUGAUCGUAUAAUUCAAUGUGUGAUUAUUUUAAAUGCUUUAUGAAUGAAGUCAAGAUUGUACAUAGAAUACAUAAAUAUACAUAUUUAUAUAUAGGCUGUGAAUAUGA